GAGGUGGAGCUAGGGUUUAGGGCGUGGUGGAGAAAUGCUUGGCGCCCCGGCGCAUCGGCAGCUCGGAUUCUCGUCGCCAACGUUCUGCCAGUGGAUAUGGAGGUCGGGAUUGCGCGGCGGCAGGGGCGCUAGGGCGCAAUCGCGAUCGCAAUCGCAAUGCGGGGGAUUCAUUCGCGUGUAUUCCGUCGCUGCGAGCGCCAAGGAGAAGAAGAAGCAGCAGGCCAGGUAUUCUUUUCAUGCCGAGCCUGGCGUCAGCUGGAUUUCGCUGGGAUUGUCCGGGGAAAUCUCACAGGCUGCUAUGAAGGCGGGGUUUGAUCGUCCCUCGGCGAUACAGGGUGCUGCAAUUCCUCGUAUUCUAGAAGGUGGUGACGUAAUUUUGGCUGCCGAGACGGGCAGUGGAAAAACUCAUGCGUAUCUCCUUCCGAUUUUUCAACUCCUUGCAAAGUCGAAUGAGGAAUUCAAGGAGAAGAAAGCCGAGGACGAGAAUGCUUACAUUCCACGCAGCUUUGCUUUGGUUUUGUGCCCGAACGCUACCCUGUGUCAACAAGCUGCCGAGAUGGCGACCAAGGUUUGCAGUAAGCUGGGUGAUUUUGUUCGGGUUGCUGUCAUAACGGGAGGUCAGGGAUGGCCAACAUCGCCCCCAGAUUUUGUGUUUGCUACACCGGGAGCCUUGAUAAACCACCUCUUCAGCUUCGAUCCAAAGCAAAAGCGUAGAACGGCUUUUUUAAGAGAUGCCCGUUAUGUGGUCUUUGAUGAAGCGGAUAUGCUCUUAUCAGGGGGUUUUGAACGGCAAGUGACCCAACGGUUGAUUCCACUGCUCAGGCUUGCCGAGAAAAAGCUUGCUGCGGAGGAAAAAGCCAUCCAGAAGCCGGGUAGUGAGCAAAAAAAGGAGGAAACCAAGCCAUGGACCGACUUUGAACCUUCUAAAGAAGAGGAAUUUGAAUCCGACGGUGAUUCUGAUAUGGAAAAGGAGAUAGCCAGUGAGUGGAAGGAAGCGGCAGCAGACAUCGAUUCUGAGACAGCUACUGACUGUACUCCCGGACCAACAGAAUCUGGCGGUGAUGAAAAGGGGGACGACACUACAAAGAAAAAGCGCAAGACAUACAGGAAAAAGUACAAAAGGAGCAAGCAAUACAUUUUUGUGGCUGCUACACUGCCGGUAGUAGGGAAAAAAACUCCUGCUAUAAUGCUCUCGUACCAAUUCCCGGACGCUACCUGGGUCAACGGCGAUUUCCUUCACCGACAAAUUCCAAGUGUAAAGCAUCAGUGGAUUGAGGUCGAUUCUAAAAAGCGAGUAGAAGCACUUCUCAAAGCCAUUGCCGCACGGCCAGAAGUUAAUGAGGCAGGUCCGCCACCAUCCUUUAUGCGGACGAUGGUGUUCGCGAACACCAUCGAGUCAGUUACUGCCAUUUCCAAAAUUCUGGAGAAAGUAAACAUCGUACCACUAUGUUACCAUAGAGAUAUCCCCUUGGAGGAGCGCACUAGCAACUUGAAAAGGUUUCAAGAUGAAGGCGGGAUACUGCUGUGUACAGAUUCAGGCGCUCGAGGACUUGACAUCCGUGAUAUUGGUCAUAUCGUCCAGGCCGAGUUUGCGUUAAACGCAGUCGAUUAUCUCCAUAGAGUGGGAAGAACGGGACGGGCUGGUAAUACCGGCGUUGUUACAAGUCUUUACACAGAAUCCAGUAAACCGCUUGCGGACGCUGUCCGUAUAGCAAUUUCUGAUGGCCAACCAGUGGAGGGAGCUUUCAGCAGGAAAAGAAGUUUCCGGAACAAGCUUAAAAAGAAAGAGUUGCAACAAGACCAAUCUAAGGAGAGCUCUUGCGAGGAGUCCCCAACACCUCUCUGAUGUCUUGUGGUUUGUGAGGCAUCAGUUUCUAUUUUGUAGCGUAGUGAGCUGUAUUUUGUGAUAUUAAUUCAAAGUCUGUCUGAUGAGUUUGAUA